AUGAGUGGAGUUUUAAAAAGAAAGCAAGGAGAACCAAUCGCCCAACAAACUUACUUAGGGUGGAUAAUAUCUGGCGGCGAAGCUGUUGAGAGAUUACCAAAUAAGGGCCAAAUUAUUAGUAUGCAUUUGAGUGUAACGUUAGAUAAUAUGCUACAGAGAUUUUGGGAAUGUGAGUCACUAGAGUCUGAGAAUAAAAAUACACUUACCUCCCAAGAAGCUAGAGCAGAAGAAAUAUAUGAGAAAACAGUCAUGAGAGAUGAACAAGGACGAUAUGUAGUCAGCUUACCAUUUGUGAGAGACAAUCCAAUCUUACCUGAAAAUUCUAGAGAAAUAGCAAUGAGAAGAUUAAGAGGUUUAGAGAGAAGAUUGGCUGGAAAUGAAAAUUUAAAACGAGAGUAUGAUAAUGUGUUAAAAGAGUAUAUAACAUUAAACCAUAUGGAAUUAGUAAAAGAUGAGAGAGAGAAAGAUACAGUCUACUUACCGCAUCACGCAGUUUUCAGAGAUGAUAAAACAACAUCGAAAGUACGUGUCGUAUUCGAUGCUUCGUGUCGAGGUACAAACGGAGUAUCACUUAACGAUGGGCUUUUGAUUGGACCUAAUUUACAAGAAGAGUUAAGAGAUAUUAUCCUAAGAUGGAGAACACAUAAAAUAGUUUUUGUGGCAGAUAUUAUUAAAAUGUAUCGCCAGAUAAAAAUACAAGAGAGAGACACAAAAUAUCAGAGAAUAUUAUAUAGAUUUAAUCAAAAUAAUGAAAUACAAACCUAUAAAUUACUGACAGUUACCUUUGGCAUGGCUUCAGCACCUUACCUUGCAAUAAAAACCAUGAGACAGCUUGCUAAAGAUGAAAAUACACAGUAUCCUGUUGCCUCGAAAAUUGUGAAUUCAGACUUUUAUAUGGACGAUGUAUUAACUGGUUUUGAUAAUGUGUGCGAUGCGAUAAAUGCACAAAAAGAGUUAGCAGAAAUGUUAUUGAAAGGAAAAUUUGAAUUACAAAAAAUAUCUUCAAAUAGUCAAGAAUUUAUGAAUUCAAUAGAUCCUGAGAAAAGAGUGAAUAGUAUUGUAUUAGAUAUAAAUCAUAAAGAGACUGUGAAGACUUUGGGUAUUAUGUGGGAGACAAAUGAGGACAGUUUAAAAAUAGCACCUACUUAUAUGAAAAGCGAAAAUACUAAUUUACUUACUAAGAGAAAUAUAUUGCGCCAGAUAGCUUCUUUAUUCGAUCCUAUGGGUUGGUUAUCACCUGCCAUAAUUAAAGCAAAGAUAUUUAUGCAAAAGCUCUGGCUAAAUCAAGUAGAUUGGGAUGAAGAACUGUCGAAUGAUCUGAAAGAAGAAUGGAAUAAAUAUAAAAAUGAUUUACCUGUACUGUCCGAAAUCAAGAUUCCUAGAUGGAAUGGAAGUACUAUUGAUGUGGAAGUGGAGUUACAUGGAUUUGCAGACGCCUCGCAAUCAGCAUAUGCAGCCGUAGUUUAUACUAGAGUAUUGAGUAAUAAUAAAAAUCCCUGCCAAACAACGUUGAUUAUGGCAAGAACUAAAGUUGCGCCUGUAAAACAAAUAUCUUUACCGCGCUUGGAACUAUGUGCAGCAGCAUUGUUAAGUAAAUUACUUAAACAUGUUAUGAGAAUACUUUCCAUUGAUACCAGUAAAACAUUUGCUUGGUCUGACUCCAAAGUAACAUUGGCCUGGAUAAAUGGCGACCCAAAUAAAUGGACACCAUUUGUUAAAAAUAGAGUUAUAGAAAUUAGAAACAAUUUGAAUAUUCAGUGGUUGUACAUUAAUACAAAAGAGAACCCCGCUGAUCCAGCAUCACGAGGAUUAUUACCCAGUGUACUAAAAGAGAGUCAUUUAUGGUGGCAAGGUCCAGAAUUUCUGCAAAUGUCUAAUUUUAUGUUACCAAAAGAUAUAAUUCCUGAAACAGAGUUGGAAAAAAGAGUUCAGAUUAAAUGUAAUACGACAGUUAUAAAAACUAAAGAUGAUGAAUUUAAACUUACCUUAUUGAAUAGAUUUUCGUCACUGAAGAAACUAUUGAACGUUGUUGCCUUUUGUAGAAGAUGGAUGAAAAAUGUAAAAAGAGAAAAUAUUAAACAUAAAAGCAUAGAUUGUGAAGAAAGAGAUAAGGCACUUACCGUUUGUGUUAAAAUAGCUCAGCAAAUAGACUUUACAGAUGAAAUAGAAACCCUGAAAAAGAAGAAAAUUAUUAAAAGAUGUAGUCGAGUAUUACCAUUAUGUCCUUACCUUGAUGAGAAUGAUGUUCUGAGAGUUGGUGGCCGUUUAAAGCAUGCAGAGCUGAAAUAUGAAAGAAAACAUCCUGUCAUACUUACCAGAGAUAAUCCACUUAUACCACUUCUGUUGGAUGAUGCACACAAAGAGACGCUGCAUGGAGGUCCUCGAUUAAUGACUUCAUACCUGCAAAAUAAUUAUUGGAUUAUAAAUGGCGGUCAAAGAAUAAAGAGAUUUUAUAGACAGUGCAAAAAAUGUGCUAUAUAUAAUGCUACUACUAGUAAUCAAAUAAUGGGAAACUUACCUGACGUUAGAGUGAAUCCAUCUCGCCCAUUUUCAAUAAGUGGAGUCGAUUAUGCUGGUCCUAUACUAUGUCGAAUGAGCAAAGGACGAGGAGCUAAAGCAUAUAAAUCAUAUAUAUGCCUAUUUAUUUGCAUGGCAACAAAAGCCAUACACCUUGAGUUAGUCAGUGACAUGACAACAGAAGCAUUUAUUUCGUCAUUUAAAAGAUUCGUUGCACGAAGAGGUCGAUGUUAUGAGCUGUGGAGUGAUCACGGAACUACGUUUAUAUCAGCAGAGAAAACCCUAUUUGAGAUGUGGAAACAGGGUAGAAACGAACUUCCUGAAGAAUUGAGAAUUUUGUUGGAUGAUAGAGGCACUGUUUGGAAAUAUAUACCACCUGGCGCUCCUAACUUUGGAGGCUUAUGGGAAGCCGGGGUGAAAUCUGUGAAGUAUCACCUUAAGCGUAUACUAGGAGAUACUACGCUUACUUUUGAGGAGUUAUACACAGUCUUGACUCAAGUAGAGGCUUGUCUUAAUUCGCGUCCACUAACAGCACUUAAUGAUGAUUACGAGUAUCUGACACCCGGACAUUUCCUUGUUGGAGAGCCUACUAUAACUUUACCAGACAGAAACUAUGAAAAGGUAAAUGUAUCCAAUUUAACGAGAUGGCAAUUGACGCAGAAAAUGGUGCGUGAUUUUUGGUCAAGAUGGCAAACUGAAUAUUUGUCUCGAUUACAGCAACGUCCGAAAUGGAUGAGAGUUCAAAAAGAUUUCGAGAUUGGAGAUAUGGUCUUAAUAAAAGACUCAAGAGCGUCUCCAUCCAGUUGGCGCCUUGGUCGAAUACAAAAGAAGUAUCCGAGUUCCGAUGGCCUAACUAGAGUUUACGAUGUUCGUACAGCCACAGGUGUUAUGCAGCGUUCGGUGUCUAAACUUUGUAGACUUCCUGAUUUCAACUGA